GACUUCCGCCUUUUUUCUGACGUUAUAUCCGGGCGAACGUUGGCUCUUAUUUCUGGGACUUAAUUUAAAAUCACUUUAUGACUUAAUGGCAUUGUUUGCCUUAUUUGGUUGACAACUUUCUAAAUCCAACAGGCUCGCAAUGCUGCUUUAAUCCACCUUUGUGAGUUAUUCGAUCGAGCUAGUCCAUUGUUAGCCUAGCUUUAGCCAUGCUCUCAUGCCGUGUUGUUGUUUGCCUGCUGGACUGUUUCACUAAUCACGGCUACUAGCUAGUUUCGUCUGUGUGGCCUACAAGGGUUGCUUGCUUUUAACAAGUCCUAUCGAGGAUGUUUGAUGUUGCUCACGCUAGCUAGCAGCUGACCUGUCCGGGGACUCUUCGUUUCGCUUUCAGCUUUGAUGUUAGCUUGCUAGCUAGCAGGUGACGUCUGUUUUCCUGGAGGCGAGCUAACAUUACUCAGCCAGCUCUAGAGAGGCAUCGGGGCUAAUUAGUAGCGUUAGAGCUGCUGUCGGUCACGAUGGCCUCAUCUUCCGGCAACGACGACGACUUGACCAUCCCACGCGCCGCCAUCAACAAGAUGAUCAAGGAGACGCUGCCUAAUGUACGCGUGGCCAACGACGCGCGCGAGCUGGUGGUAAAUUGCUGCACUGAGUUCAUCCACCUAAUCUCCUCCGAGGCCAACGACAUCUGCAACAAGUCCGACAAGAAGACCAUCUCGCCAGAGCACGUCAUUAACGCUCUGGAAAGCCUGGGCUUUGCCUCCUACAUCACCGAGGUGAAGGACGUCCUGCAGGAGUGUAAGACUGUUGCCCUAAAGAGGAGGAAGGCCAGCUCCCGCCUGGAGAAUCUGGGAAUACCUGAAGAGGAGCUGCUCAGGCAGCAGCAGGAGCUCUUUGCCAAGGCCCGGCAGCAGCAGGCAGAACUGGCCCAGCAGGAGUGGCUUCAGAUGCAGCAGGCGGCCCAGCAGGCCCAGAUGGCGGCGGCAUCUGCCAGCACUGCCCAGCAGGCCGGUUCCUCUCAGGAUGAAGAUGAUGAUGAUGACAUGUGAUCCUGGAGAUGCCAUCGUCCGCUUUCGCACUGGAACGGCGGCGUCGGAACCAUCACCGGUGGAUACCGUGUCAUGCUGACAUGGACGGACGGUGCUAGGAAACAUGGGGGCACAGAGGGGUCGGGAGGGGGGGGGGGGGGGGGGGGUCCAUGGUGGCAGCACGCUCAAGACACAGAACUUAAUUUGGAUCAAGAGACUUUCGGGAAUAAUUCGCUUGUGUCUGCUACACUUUCUUAAGUUCUGUUUGGACCCAAUGAGACAGAUUCUUGUCUUCUUACUUUCUUUGUACUGGUUCUUUUUGUUGUGUAGACGUUUUGUUCGUGGCAGUAUUACUGAUCCACUUCACCUUCUGGAACUGGACUUUGUGUCUCGUAGAACCAAAGAUGGAAGACAAACUGGCAGCUGGCGAUACCGGCUCCAAGUCAACUGGGUCAGUGUGUGAAAGAAGGUGAUGCGUGUAAGAUUAAAAAAAAAAAAAAUGAUGCGUCAAACAUGGUGAUGGUGGUACUGAUCCACUUCACUUGUUCAUUCCACAACGUUCUUUAAGCAAUAAACAACUUCUCGUUUUUUA